AUGCCCGACCGCGCGUUCCUCAGUGCGCUCACCGAGUCGGCAGCUGGCGAGUGGGCGGCAAUCUUGAGCUUGGUGUUUGGCGGGUGCUGCUCGAAUGUAUGGGCACUCGAGGCUGUCCUCAAGACGUAUCCCUCUAGUGGUACAUUCCUCACAUUUGCCCAAUUCAUCUACGUGGCCGUCCAGACCGUCUGGACACAGUUCUACUUCAUCCCGGGAUCGCGCUUGCCACGGUGGAGGAAGAAUGUCGUGCCCCUGAGCCGGUGGAUGGUGCAGGUCGUCUUGUUCUUCGCUGUCAGCUUUAUGAACAAUUACGCGUUCGGCCUCAAGAUCCCUGUGACUGUUCACAUCAUUUUCCGAUCGGGAGGUCUCUGCGUGUCCAUGCUCGUAGGCUACUUUGCAGGCGGCAAGCGCUACUCCACCGGUCAAAUAUUUGCCGGUACCAUUAUCACGGCAGGCAUCGUUAUGGCCACAAUCUCAGCUCCUCGUCCCCGCAAAGCGCCAACUCCUGCUGCGACUACUGUUGCGAGUGACGAGUUCUUGCCCGAGAACGUGCAAUAUAUCGCUGGCAUUGGCCUGCUCGCGCUCGCACUGUUACUCUCCGCAUGGCUGGGGUUGUGGCAGGAGGCGACGUAUAAGCAGUACGGAAAACAGUGGCGCGAGGCACUGUUCUAUUGUCACGUCCUUUCUCUCCCCUUCUUCCUCCCCAUGUCGGGCACAAUCUCCCGUACUUUUGACGCGUACAUGGCCUCGGCACCAGUCACUCUGGCCACGAUCCCUACACCCGACAUGGCCCUCUUGUCCACAACGACUUUCUCCCAGUUGUCAAGGCUGGCAUGGCCUAUCGACGAUGCCAAGCGUCAUUUGAUCCAGUGGCGCCAACUGGCUGUGCCCGGAGCCAUCUUGGCCCUGCUUGUCAACGUCAUCACCCAAGGCCUGUGUAUUCGCGGUGUCAACCGUCUCACAACGCGCGUCUCGUCCACCACUGUCAACCUCAUCCUCACGCUCCGCAAGGCCGCGUCGCUGGCCAUCUCGGUGUGGUUUUAUGGCUCGGGCGUGAGCUGGGGUCUGGUUAUUGGUGGCGCCAUGGUGUUGGGUGGCACGCUGGUGUACUCUGUUGCGCCGCCACCAAAGGUCAUCGACGGCAAGGUCGACGAGAAGAAGGUCGACGACGAAAAGGGCAAUGGCGGCAGCGAAAAUGCGACGGACGCGGCCGGGUCAAGUACCGCCGUCGACCAUUCAAGCACGAACGGCAAUGGCAUGCGCCAACGGUAA